CCCGCGGGGCCGCCUCUGCCCCUUCCCCGCCGCGCCGUUAAUGGAAACAUGGCGAUGGCGGCUCCGACCGGCAGCGCGGCGCCCGUCGCCCCGGCCCUCUGCGGCCACCUGGCCCUGCUGCUGCUCCUCGCCGUCCCUGCCGCUCACGGCUACAGCUUCCCCCAGCAGCACACUAUGCAGUACUGGGCCAGGAGGCUGGAGCAGGAGAUUGAUGGAGUGAUGAGGAUAUUUGGUGGAGUCCAGCAGCUCAGAGGGAUCUACAAUGAGAAUAGAAACCUGUUUGAAGUCAAGGAGAAUGUGCCCAGGAAAUUGGUGGAGAAGGUUGCAGGGGACAUUGAGAGCCUCUUGGCCAAGAAAGUCCGUGCUUUAAAGAGACUUGCCAACGCGGCAGAGAAGUUCCAGAAGGCUCACCACUGGCAGGACAACAUCCGGGAGGAAGACAUCGAGUACUACGACUCCAAGGCCGACACUGAAUACGACGAUCCCGAUGGAGAAGAGAUCGAGAGGGAGAAGUCCAACUCUUUGAAGCUGGAGUUCACUGAUGAUGCCAACUUCAAGACCAAGGUUAACUAUUCCUACGCUGCCGUGCAGAUCCCCACGGACAUCUACAAAGGCUCCACAGUCAUCCUCAAUGAGCUGAACUGGACGCAGGCACUGGAGGACGUGUUCAUCCAGAACAGAAAGGAGGAUCCCUCCCUGCUCUGGCAGGUGUUCGGCAGUGCCACCGGUGUCACCCGCUACUACCCCGCCACCCCAUGGAGAGCCCCCAAUAAGAUCGACCUGUAUGACGUGCGCAGGAGGCCCUGGUACAUCCAAGGAGCCUCAUCCCCGAAGGACAUGGUCAUCAUUGUGGAUGUGAGCGGCAGCGUGAGCGGCCUCACCCUCAAGCUGAUGAAGACCUCUGUCUAUGAGAUGCUGGACACCCUCUCAGAUGAUGAUUAUGUCAAUGUGGCCUCGUUCAAUGAGAAGGCAAAGCCGGUGUCGUGCUUCAAGCACCUGGUGCAGGCCAACAUCCGGAACAAGAAGGUCUUCAAGGAGGAUGUCCAGGGGAUGGUGGCCAAGGGCACGACCGACUACAAGGCUGGUUUUGAGUACGCCUUCGACCAGCUGCAGAACUCCAACAUCACACGUGCCAACUGCAACAAGAUGAUCAUGAUGUUCACGGACGGUGGUGAGGACCGAGUGCAGGACGUCUUUGAGAAGUACAACUGGCCCAAUAAGACGGUGCGGGUCUUCACCUUCUCAGUUGGGCAGCACAACUACGACGUGACCCCACUGCAGUGGAUGGCCUGUGCCAACAAAGGUUACUACUUCGAAAUCCCCUCCAUCGGUGCCAUCCGCAUCAACACGCAGGAGUACUUGGAUGUGCUGGGCAGACCCAUGGUCCUGGCAGGGAACCGAGCCAAGCAGGUUCAGUGGACCAAUGUCUACCAGGAUGCCCUGGGGCUGGGCCUGGUGGUGACAGGCACACUGCCGGUGUUCAACCUGACGGAGGACAGCAGUGACAGGAAGAACCAGCUCAUCCUGGGUGUGAUGGGGAUCGAUGUGGCUCUCAACGACAUCAAGAGGCUGACACCGCGAUACAACCUGGGGGCAAAUGGUUAUGUCUUCGCCAUCGACCUGAACGGCUACGUCCUGCUGCACCCCAACCUGCAGCCCCAGAUCAUCAAUUUCCGUGAGCCGGUGACGCUGGACUUCCUGGAUGCUGAGCUGGAGGAUGAGAACAAGGAGGAGAUCCGAAGGAGCAUGAUUGAUGGGAAUGAUGGGCAGAGGUUCAUCAAGACCCUCAUCAAGUCUCUGGAUGAGCAAUACAUCGAUGAGGUGUUCAGGACCUACACAUGGGCCCCCAUCAAAAGCACCAACUACAGCCUGGGGCUGGUUCUGCCUCCCUACAGCACCUACUACAUCCAGGCCAACCUCAGCGACCAGAUCCUGCAAGUGAAGUAUUUUGAAUACCUGCUGCCCGACAGCUUUGAGUCGGAGGGACAUGUGUUCAUUGCUCCCAGAGAGUAUUGCAAAGACCUCGACUUGUCGGAUAACAACACCGAGUUCCUGGAAAACUUUAUUGCCCUCAUGGAAAAGGUGACCCCAGACUCCAAGCAGUGUGACAACUUCCUCCUGCACAACCUGAUCCUGGACACGGGCAUCACGCAGCAGUUGGUGGAUCGGGUCUGGAAGGACCAGGACCUCAACACGUACAGCCUCCUGGCUGUCUUCGCAGCCACCGAUGGGGGCAUCACCCGCGUCUUCCCUAACAAGGCUGCAGAGGACUGGGAAGAGGAACCAGAGCCCUUCAAUGCCAGUUUCUACCGGAGGAGCCUGGACAACAAGGGUUACAUCUUCAAGCCGCCCUACAGAGAUGCCGGCUACCGGGAGCUGGACCUGGAGAACAACACCAUCGGGAUCCUGGUGAGCACCGCCGUGGAGCUCAGCAUCGGGGGCAAGACACUGAAACCAGCAGUGGUGGGGGUGAAGCUGGACCUGGAGGCCUGGGCUGAGAAGUUCAAAGUGCUGGCGAGCAACCGGACAGACCGUGACCAACUGGGCACCCGCAGGUGCGACCCCUUGACCAGCUGCGAGAUGGACUGUGAGGCCAACAACAAGGACCUCAUCUGUGUCCUCAUUGACGAUGGGGGCUUCCUGGUGCUCUCCAACCAGGAGGACCACUGGUACCAGGUGGGCAAGUUCUUCAGCGAGGUGGAUGCCAACCUGAUGUCUGCCCUCUAUAAUAACUCCUUCUACGCCCGCAAAGAGUCCUAUGACUUCCAGUCGGUCUGUGCUCCCGAGGCCCAGAGCAACACAGGCGCUGCGCCCCGUGGUGUCUUUGUGCCAACCGUGGCUGAUCUCCUGAGCCUUGCCUGGUGGACCUCGGCUGCAGCCUGGUCCCUGUUCCAGCAGUUCCUGUAUGGCCUCACCUACAGCAGCUGGUUCCAGACGGAGGAGGUGGCAGGGGACAGCAUGGAGGCCAGGGAGACGAGCUGCAUCAUGAAGCAGACCCAGUACUACUUCAGCACCGUCAACGCCACCUACAACGCCAUCAUCGACUGCGGCAACUGCUCCAGGCUCUUCCAUGCACAGAGGUUGGCCAACACCAACCUGCUCUUCGUGGUGGCCGACAAGCCCCUCUGCAGCCAGUGUGAGUCCGUCAAGCUGCUGCAGGCAGAGGUAAGAGCCCCCCCGAGGGACCCAAACCAGUGUGAGCUGGUGGACAGGCCCCGCUACCGGAAAGGCCCCCACAUCUGCUUCGACUACAAUGCAACAGAAGAUACCUCAGACUGCGGCCGAGGGGCUUCCUUCGCCCCCUCCCUGGGGGUCCUGCUCUCCCUGCAGCUGCUGCUCCUCUACUCCAGCUCCAGCCGGCACCCGCUGCCCUCGGCCGCCUGCCUUUAGCCCCCCGGCCCCUCUCCGCCCGCUCUGUUUCGGUUCAAGCUCCAUCUCCAUCCCCUUCCCCUGCCCGGUGCCGCCCCGCGCUCCCCAUCGGCCGCAGCCAAAGAAGAGCCGGGGCUCGGGCAGGGGCCGUCCCCCGGCGGAGCGGGGACGGGGUCGGUACCGGGGUCGGUACCGAGGUCGGUACCGGGGUGUCCUGGCCCCCCCCGGCCGCUCGGACUCGGAAGGCGGCGGCGGUGCCCGUGGCCCCCAUCACUUCGCCUGUUUUUUUAGCCUGAAGGUUUUAAAGCCGAUCUUUCUACAUCAGUUUCCACAUUUGUUCGCCUGGAGACCGGCCGUGUUCGGUGUCAGCAGUGAGGACACGUGCGAAAACACAAAAAAAAAAGAGGAAAAAAGGAAAAAAACAAACAAAAAAACAAACAAAACAAAAAAAAAAAAGAGAAAAGGACUUGACUGUGCGGGUCAGUAUUGUUUGUUCCAGCGGGUACCAGCCCCCCAGGGCAGCCGGGGGCUCCAGCACCCCUGCGGAUGCAGGCAGGGAUGGAAUGGGGGGGCAGCGGCCAUGUCCUGUGCCAGGGCAGGAUGGAGCCCCGGUGCCUGCCCCCGGCUCAGCCGCACUCUUGUGUUCUUGGGCACAGCUUUUGGGGUGAAAAGGAGGGGAAAGUGUGUUUUGUUUCUUUUCCGUUCUGCAGAUCACUGUGAAACCCGCCCGGCCCUGAGCAGCCCCCCUGCCAAAGAAACCACAGUGCCCAGGGGAGCAUGGCGCUUGUGCCAGAGGGGGACGUGCCAUGUGUCCCCAAGCAGGUUGCGCCAUGUACCCCAUGGUGAGAAGCGGAGCAGGAGGUGCUACAUGUCCCCACAAGGGACAUGCCAGGCCCCCCUGCCCGUCCCUUGGGCCACCAGAGUGGGGCUGCUCCCUGGGUGCUGCUACAGUCCUGGCUAUGGGCACCCAGCAUUGGGGUGUCCGGGGUGCUGGGGUUCACACCAGGGCACUCGGGUGAGGGUGUUGUGCCCCAGCCAAAACGCUGGGUGCCAAAGAGGCAGAUGGAGCAGCUGCUCAGCCAUGGC